UUUCCAUAUCUAAAAAUCAUAUUUUGAUCAUCAGUAUUUUAGUUCUAGUAUCCACUGUAGGGAUGUUAAUUCAGUCAGGAUAUACUGAAUAUAUUUCAACGACAUUCUUAAUACAGGCUAGAUAUCCAAAUCUGGUAAUGUCUCAACCUAAACGAUAUCGUAAACAAGAGGUGAUUCCAUCAAAAUUAGCAAAAGAUGAGCUAAUUUCAAGUGAUCAACCAAAAGAUAUGAAAAAUGAUGAAGAGCAUGUGCCAACGACCACAGUUCAAAAUAACACGAAACUGACAACACUGGAACCAUCUACGAUGAGUGAAAGUCUUGAGUCAGAAACGAUGACAUUUAAAGAGUUACCAACACAAUUGCCAAAGUUAUUGCUAAGCACCUCGACAAGUAAUAAUGAAAUAACACAGGCUCGCAAGGUGGACUCAGACAAAUAUAUCGUAUUUUUGUGUGGUGAGGGCAUGUUGUGUGGAGGAUUAGGAGACAGGUUGAAAGGAAUACAAAGUACAUUUCUCCUUGCAUUGAUGCUAAAACGAAAAUUCCGGAUUAUUUCUACGAUACCAUGUGAUUUAUACAAUCAACUUGGAGAAAACAGAGAGCCAUGGCAUCGACCAAUCCCUCCUGGUCUGAAGAGCAAAACUUUAAGAAUGAUAAAUGGGCACAGAUCGUGUGGAUAUCAAAUAUUUGGGAAAAUAAAUGGAACAAACAUGAACAUUGAUGCUAAAUUCCCAGAACCUGUUAUAAGAAUAAGAACUAAUCAAGAAUGGACGCCAAGAUUCCACGAGGAGCCCUAUAAAACAAUUUUAUCUGAUCUUGGUUUAGAUAUAUCAAAUUUUACAGAAAAGUACUUGUUCUCAAAAAUAUAUGAUCAUUUAUUCAAACCACAACCAAAGAUUCUGGCAUUGUUUGACAGAUUCUUGAGUAAGGCCAGACCAAAGCCUGGAAUCAAACUAGUUUGUGCUCAAGUAAGGAAGGGGGCUAACCCAUCAAUACCAAGAGAAUCAUCCAAGAGAAUAAGAAACUAUGACGAAUGGCUACCAAUUCUUUGGGAUUUCUUAUCUUUAUAUAACGACUCGUCAAAAUAUACUAUUUUCGUAACAACUGAUUCUCAAGAAAUACGAGAACAUUCACAAACGCUUUUCCCUGAUACUAUCAUAGACACGGAGGGAAAAAUCACCCAUGUUGAUAGGUUUGAUAACAAAGAUGAUGCUUGUAAGGGAAUGGAAAAAACAAUCCUAGACUUCACUAUCCUUGCCAACUGUGACAUAACGGUUGUUAGUAGAAGCAACUUUGGGAAACUUUCCUCGCAGCUUCAGUCCCCGGCAUCCAAGUUGUAUACAUUUCAGCGUGGGAUACUCCAUGAGGGACCAGAGGGUAACCAAGUUGGCAAGGUGUUCAACAGAACAACUAAAGCAUUCACAGAUGAUUGCAGCAACGUACAAUGUCCCCAAUCUAGAAAUAUAUGUACUUAGGAACUAUGGUUUCUGGGACUCCCGGUACUUUAUUAUAGGCAUAAAAUUAUAGUUCGAAAAUAAUAAUGAAAAUAUUAUUUCUUUUCAGAACACAUUUUAGAUGAAUCUAAGCUUAGCGUGUAGAUUUCAAUACCCUGACUGAAUUCUGAACCAACCAUUUGUAUUCCACUCUUCUAUCGUGAUAAAUACUAUCUAGUAUACAAUUUCACCAGGUACAACAGUGGCGGAUCCAGGAACCAAGAAGGGGGGGGGGGCAAAGUUCCGGUCAUAGAAAAAAAAACUUCCGCGGAAAAAAUUGUGGGCCCCUAAAACCGAAAAGUGGGCCCAAAUUUUGAAAUUUCGAGGCCCAUUUUCUUCAAAAUUUGGCCUGAAAUUAAAAAAUAAGGCCUUAGAAGGCCUAGUAAUGACCAUAAAGGACCAUUUUUUGGGUCCUUAAGGCCUUUUUUGGCCCAACAUUUUUGCCCAUGCUCCCCCGGAUCCGCCACUGUACAAUGUUUUCCUAAUAAGCUGCCUGUUUGUGUUGACGUGGCCAGAGACUAUUUUUUGUCAGGCCUAUUUACUUUUUCAUGAUUUCAUUUGAAAUUAACAAUCCACAAUUCACAUGAUUUAUUCACGUACAUUUAUCUAAUGAGUUAAAAAACAUUUUAUCGGUUGUGAUAUGUGUUUAUGUCAAGCCUAAUGGAAAGAAAGGCAUGAUGCAUCUACGCAAUGGCAUCGCCCCCAUUCUUGCAUCCAACAUUGCGCUCACUGAGAAUCUGUGUUAUACUGUACAUAUUUUGUUUUAUGGAGAUUAUCAAGAAGCCUACCCUGCGUGCAGAGUCUAGUUAAACUACGAAGUUAAAGACGAAGCUCUCUUUUAAGAAGUGAAGUCAAACGAAUGCAAAGGGUACAAGAAGCAGUGAACUGGUUGGACAACGGAAGGGUCAACCAGCUUAUCUUUUGGCUCGAAAGGAUGCUGUCCAGCAGGGGUAUUACAUGUACAUAUAUGUAAUUCAAAGAUUAAUUGAU